AUGAAACAAGCAGAAAACGGCGUUCAAGUUCAAGAACAUUUUAAGUUACUUUUAGAGAACCCUGAUGAGGAGGUAACUGAGGGAACUCCAUUUGCAGGCUCCUUGAGUGGUAUACAAACAAGGUAUGUCAAUCGAUCAUUAUUAAGAUUACCUAUUAGAGAACGUCCUACAGUAUUCUUAUUAGAUACAGAUGGAACCACAAUGCCUUUAACUUGUGUAGACCGUAUUUUUAUGGAAAUGAAGAAUGAAGUAAAUGACUUUAUUCAAAAAGAGUAUCCCAACAAUGAAGAAUUAUGUGCUAUUGUAGAAAAAGCAUCAUUAGGUUGUCCUGAACUUCGAGAAGCAUUAAAUACUCCAGAAGUUGAUACUAAUCGUAUUUCUUUAAUUUUCACUAAACGUAUUAAUGAAGUAAUAAUAAGUAAAGAUGAAAAGCCUGUAUUCUACAGAGAUUUAGAGAAUCUAGUAUUAUCAGAAACUACUAUUAAUAGAAACGUAAAAGGACAUGUUUUCCGUGAUGCUGCUCUUGCUAUACAAGAAUGGGGAAACCCAAAUCAAAGGUGUACAUAUGUUGCCAUUUAUGGUUCACGUUCUUCUGCAGUGGUGGAACUUUUAUUUCGUAAUUCCACCCAUGGUGAUCUUACACCUUUUAUAACUGUCUUUUUUGAUUCCAAAACGGUUGGAUCGAAAUUAGAUUCUGGUAGUUAUAAUAAAAUACGAUCCCGUUUGCGAAAAAUCAUUCCAGAGACUGGUAGAGGGUUUAAUAUUGUAUAUGUGACGGAUAACUCGAAUGAGGCGGUAUCUUCUGGUAUCUCGGAAGGAGUGAAUCUCACACUUCUCGCCAUUCGUCCGUUAAAUAGACCGUUAACACUAAGCACACUGUACGCACUUGGAGUGACAACAAUAUCUUCUUUUGAUCAGAUGCGUGGGGGAACUGUGUCCUAUGCAUCCCUGUGCGCUGAGGUGAAUUCAUAUCGGUAG